AUGUCUCUCAAUUUUAACGACGUUCCCGUGCAAAAUCUGGAGCAGCUGCGGCCGCGUCUCACACAGCUCACGCAUUCCCUUCGCAAGCUUGAGGACAGCAUGGCGGCGAGCGCGACGCUGCCCAACUGGUCGAACCUUCAGAACCAGUACAACGUGAUCCUGUCGCAGCUGACAUCCUUCAGCCGGACAAUGGACCUCAACAAAGACGUUCUCAAACACACCAACGUGUAUCCGAACACAGAGUUCGAUACAACACAGUUCGAGGGUCUUCUGACCACUCUCUUGCGCAAAAAACACCUGCCCGAGGUGGCAGAGUGGAUAGAGAACAACAUGGCCGACGUCUCGCGCGAGGGCCUGACCAAGGACGACCUGGUCGCCGCGGAGUACCUGAGACUGUCGGAGGAGCUGCUGGGCGAGUUUUCGUUCGAGGACGACACGCCGCUCGAGGGAUCCGACAAGCCAGAGACGCCCGGCGUAGACGUGUAUAAGUACAUGUUUGGCGGCGGUGCCAAAUAG